AUGGAUGAGCACUACAGAGAGUAUUAUCUGAACUGCAAACGUCCACCAUUUGCGCCGACGUUUUAUCCAACCGAGGAGGAAUUCACCAAUCCAAUCGAAUACAUAGCCAGAAUUAAAGCUGAAGCUGAGGAUUAUGGCGUUGUAAAAAUCAAACCGCCUGCGUCGUUUCGACCGCCAUUUGCAAUAAAUGCCGAGAAUUUUACGUUCAAGCCGCGCGUGCAGAAGCUGAAUGAAAUUGACGCGUUGAUCCGAAUUGAAAAUAUGUUCGAUACUCAGUUGGCCGCGUACUGGAGAUCGCAAGGACGAACCUUUUCAGCAGAGUGCAUCGGGAGAAAAAUUGUCAAUUACUUCAGACUUUACAGGGUUCGCAUACUUGCUUUCUAUUUCAUUUAA